AUGUCUUUGCCGACUCGGUCGGCGCCCGCAGUGUUCUUAUCCACCAAUACUAGGGCGAUUGUCAUUGAAUACCUUAUAAACCUGUGCCUAUCAGAUGUCGCCUGCAGUAGUGCCGUUCUCUUCAUGUACUGCCGACACAACGAACCCAGGACUGUUUCACAAUACCUGGCUUCCUUGAUUGCCCAGAUGUUUAAGAAUUACACGGGUGUUUCAUUGAUUGAAAAGCAGGUUCUUAAAUUGUACAAUGUGCACAAAACACAGCAAAGCCAUCCUUCAAAAUCCCAGUUGGUUGCCAUACUUUCCACUAUCCUAUUGCCUUUCCAAAAUGUUCGGGUCGUACUGGAUGGCCUUGACGAGUUGCCAGACCGUGAACAAAUGGAUCUUGUAUCUAUUCUUAGAGGCCUUACAGUAUCAUUGUUUUUCACAUCGCGAAUCAUGGGUUUCGAGGUUUUUGGCUUUCCACAAGACAUCAUACACAUGACCAUUGGAGACCAAAAUCUUGGGGAUAUCCGUCUAUUUCUCCAGAAAACUAUACCGCAGACAACUAGUGUUGCUCGGAUACUGCGGAGAAAUGAAGGUUUUCUCGAGGAAAUAUGCAAUAAGAUCUUGAAUAUUUCGGGUGGAAUGUUCCUACUUGCGGCGCUGAGGUCACAGUCCCUACAGGGAUACACUACUAUGACAAGCUUAUCCAACAGCCUAGACGGCCUCUCUGAUGAUAUACAGUCAAUGUAUUACUCCCUCAUGGACCGGAUUGAUGCGCAAAAGGGGGACUACCCGUCGUUUGUAAAGCGUGCAAUGACGUGGAUAGUUCACGCUCCUCGUCCUCUGACCAUUGCUGAACUCGAGCACGCGCUUGCUAUUCAAGAGGGAAGCCACUCGUUCAAUGAAAGGAACAUUCCUGCACAAGAUAUGCUCACACAUCAUCCUGUGGGAUUAUUGAAAUCCAGCCAAGAAGUGGAACUGUGGUCCUUUUCCCUCUCAUAUGCUGCCUUUGAUGCCCUUGUAAAAUCUCAGGACGCUCCUCUACUUGAAUACGCAUAUAAGAAUUGGCCAGCUCACAUUGGAGAAUGUAACGAGGAAUCAUAUCCAACGGAGACUCUGCAUGAAUUUGUACUCCAAACUCCCAAUUAUCCACUGCUUGAUUCUCGGAUUGGUUUCAGUUGGAUUAACCCCAGCCAUGUGAUUGCAUACUAUGGUCUAAGGGUACCGUUCUUCUGGGACAGUUGUUGCAACUCGCGGACAGUCAAGAAACACACAGCUCUUACACUCGCUGCAUUGAAAGGGCAUACCACAAUAGUCGAAUCACUUCUUGCAUGCAAGGAUAUUGAUAUCAAUGCACAAACAAACAGCGGAGACACUGCACUCACUCUCGCGUGCAAAGAAGGCCAUAAAUCUGUUGAUUCCAGAGGCGCUACUGCCCUCAUGCAUGCAUCACAUAUGGGACAUGUUGGCGCCGUCCAUGCCCUGCUUGCAUGCUCAAAUAUUGAUGUCAGUGCCACGGACAUGGCUGGACGAACCGCACUUUUAUAUUCCUGCCUAAAGGAUCAUACAGGUACUGCGUGUGCCUUGAUCAGGGCGCCUGGAAUUGACGUUAACUCCCAAGAUGACAAUGGACACACUGCACUACUACUGGCUGCCACAAAAAAUUCCUUUCAAGUUUUAAAAGCCCUGCUCUCCAUCCCUGGACUGAAUCCCAACCUAAGGGAUAGGAAUGGCCUCACGGCACUAUUUGUUGCCAUGCUGCGUGGACACAACAACAUUGUAAAGGCUCUUCUUCCUAUGUCUCAUAUUAAGGCGGAUGUUCCAAGUCUCCAGGGUGUCACCGCACUUGUACGUGCCACCGUUGAGGGUUAUGUGCCCAUUGUAGACGGUCUUCUGUCAUCACAAAACAAGCACUGGGAGCAUGCUGAGGGAGUAACACCACUUAUGCUUGCCUCAUCUGCGGGUCAUACAGAGGUUGUCAAGCAUCUUCUGACUGUCCCAGGCAUUGAUGUGGACCUAGGCAAUCAACCUCGUUACACAUUGACCAUUCCCACUGGUGAAAGCAAUGAUAAUCCAAUCAUGGAUUCCUUUCUUACUGGGAUGGACCUCAAACAAACAUGUUUUGACUGCAGUGGAAUUACAGCCCUUAAUUUUGCGGCUUAUCAUGGUCACAUUGAUGUUUUGAAGCUCCUGCUAGCAGUCCCAGGAAUCAAUGGCAACAGUCAGGAUUGCUGGGGAUUUACGCCUCUAAUACUUGCUUCAGACAUGGGAUUUGAUGUGGUUGCUCGUUUAUUGUCUGUCCCGGAAAUCCGUGUCAAUACACAGAAUGGCAGUAUAUCAAUUGAAUUUAUCCUGGUUUCAUGUAGCCCGACAUUUACUUAUUUCCAAGUUGGAUUUACCGUGUUGUGUCGCUUUCCAGACUUUAACUGUGAGACAUCACCCACAAGAUUCGGUUUGCACAAAUGA